AUGGCAAGGAAGCGACAAUCUAUUGGACAUGUUCCUCCACAAGAGAACUCUGACAUGUUCUCUUUGUUACCAGAAUCUUUGCUUCUUAUCAUUGUUUCUUUCCUUCCCUUCAAAGAAGCAGCAAGGACAUGCAUACUCUCUAAACGGUGGUUGGAGUUAUGGAAAUCAACAAAGAACGUAGAGUUCAACGAACUCUUCUUUGUGAAUCUUGACGAAUCUGAUUCAGUCAAAGAAUCACAAAGAAGGGUUUUUCUCAACUUUGUCACACGCUGGAUUCAAGACUACAAAGAUCAUGUCGUGGACAAGUUUUCUCUCAAGGUUUCCCUCCCUGAAAACUGUCGUGGCACCAUAGAACGUUGCGUCGCUUUUGCAACACAGCGUGGUGUGAAAGAGUUAGGGCUUGAUUUUUCUGAUCCAAAAUGGGAGGAGAAUAACUUUGAUGAUCGUGAUGCUUUGUUUCAAUUGCCAAAACAUGUUUAUAGGCAUGGAUCGCUUGAGAGUUUGAAGUUGUAUUCAUGCAGUUUCGUUAUGCCUGAUUUGCUCAACUUUCGGACACUUAAGGAUGUUUCUUUGGGUUGGAUUGAAGUGAACAUCUCCACUCUGAAGACUUUGUUAUCCACUUGUAAGAUGAUUGAAAACUUGAGUCUGAAGAAAUGCUGGAAUCUCGCAAACUUUGAUUUGGGAGAGGAAAAACUUGGGUUAAGAAGGUUGGUCAUUGAUAAGUGCCAUUUUGAAAAUGAUUAUUUCAUAUUCAAGGCACCAAAUCUUAAGUUCUUGAAGUAUUCUGGGGUAGUGGGGAUUUUCGAUAUAGAUUUGUGCCCACAUGUCAUGGAAGAGGCAGAUAUUGACUUUGCCCUUGAAUCAGAUUUAGAUGAAUCUGGCAAUGAUCUUGGGAAUGAUCUUUGCAAAGUACUGGUUGAUCUGUACCCUGUUAGGGUUCUAACUGUUUGCAGUUUCGUACUUCAGGCUGUUCAUUCUGGUGAUGAACCGUUGCGGGUACAAUGUGAUUUGAACGUAAGGCAUUUGAUAAUGAAGACUCAAAUGCAUCCCUAUGAAUUGUGCGGAUUCAUGUUCCUUCUUAAUAGUUGUCCUAUGUUGGAGACACUCACAUUGGAGAUUGGCCUACGGAAUAUAUUUUCAGAGUAUACACUUCCCUAUCCUAUCAACCUUGAGAAAUUCUGGGAACAUCCUAGAGUACCUUCUAAAUGCUUGAAAAGAACUCUCAAGGUGGUGGAGGUGAAUGGAUUUAGAGGUUCUAUGAAUGAAUUUCUGGCUUGUGCCUAUUUUAUCCAAGCUGGUACAGUUUUGGAAAAGAUUAAUAUCAAUGUACUGAAGGAAGAGGAUGCUAAUUCUGAUAAAAAAGUGGAAAUGCUCCUUGGAAUGGCAAGAUUCUUAGAGAAAGUUCCAAAGGCUUCAAGGAAUUUGCAGAUAUCAAUUGCAUGA